UCGCAGGUACUGUUCUGUGACAUCAGUUCUGCCCACUUACCUGUCAGUUCUCUUUAUUUGCCAACGCCCGGAGCUUGAGAGUUCUUGCUGUACAAGGUUUAACUCACUCCCUGGAUCUGUGAUGUCCUCCUCGCGUCAGAUCCGUGUGUUCCCCUCACCGGCAGAGCUUGCACUCUCUCUGGCUCAGCUUCUGGUGAAUGAAUCUCAGGGCUUAGAUAGUUUCAGCCUGGGUUUAUCUGGAGGGAGCCUGGUGCAGCUGCUUAGCCGUGAACUGCCAAAGACUUCUGGACUUAACACCAAGGGAUGGAAAAUAGGGUUUUGUGAUGAGAGACUGGUGCCAUUUACUGAUCCUGAAAGCACAUACGGAGAAUACCAGCGGCAUCUCAUUCCCCUUGGUUUACUGUCUGAGUCCCAGUUUGUAACCAUCAAUCCUUCACUAUCAGUGGAUGAGGCUGCAGAUGAUUAUACUAACAAACUGAAGAAGCUUCUUCCAGGGAAUGAACUCCCAGUCUUUGAUGUCCUAAUUUUAGGAGUUGGACCUGAUGGACAUACUGCUUCUCUCUUCCCUGGACACCCCCUUUUGGAGGUGACAGAUCAAAUUGUGGCUCCUAUUCGUGACUCUCCAAAACCUCCGCCUGAGCGGGUGACACUUACCCUCCCGGUUUUAAAUGCAGCAAAGACAGUGGUAUUUGUGGCUACUGGAGAGAGCAAAGCAGCUAUUCUGAAGCGUAUACUGCAAGAAGAAGAGUCUGAUCCUUUGCCAUCUGCCCGAGUCUCGCCAGUUCGUGGCAAGCUGCUUUGGUUUCUUGACGAAUUUGCGGCUCGUGAAUUAACAUGUCCAGUGGAAAAGCACUCUGUUUUAUAAUGCCUGAGUGGGUACAGAACCAGAGGCCGGAGCUUCCCCCACCCUCUCCUGGUGGUACCAGGGUCACGGGCAGAACCAAAGAGCCAGACAGAACAAGAGUUAUAGGUCAAACCCAGGCCACUGGCAUCAUUUACGUGAAGAACAGCCAGGGGCAGAACCAGCAAUAUACAAAACAAAAGCUACAAGCAGUAAGCCAAGGAAUAAAUGAUGUAGGGAAUGAAAGCUAAGUGACAGGUCAAGAUCCAGAGUCACAAACGGAAACACAGUGAAAGCUACGACACACAAUCACAUGCUAACAUAUGGGACUUGAAUCUGUAUCUAUGCUAAAUGGACAGCACCAUGGAUGGAUAACUAUCUGUAACCAAAACCAAAGCUGCACACACCACUGAAACCAUAACUGGAAACUCAGGCCAAGCUACAGGCAAAAAUACUGAUUAAUCCAUGGGCAGACCCACAAUACAAGAAGCUUGCAGAUUUGCCCUGUUUUCCACAUCCUUACUUUUCUUGGAUCUGCCCGCUGUCCCGUCAAACUUCUGCCUCCCCCUCACAUCUGCCUCCCCUCUAGGAUCUGCCCCUAGGUGUAAGAGGCACCGCUAAAGUCAUUUGCUUCCAGAUAAUUUGCACAUUCCAACCGUAUUGUGACUGCACACACAAUAAAUUCUGAUUGGUUUAAAGUAAA